CUUUCCCGGCCACCCGCCCCCUGCCCCGGGCCUGCGUAUGAAUCUCCUGGACCCCUUCAUGAAGAUGACCGACGAGCAGGAGAAGGGCCUGUCUGGCGCCCCCAGCCCCACCAUGUCCGAGGACUCGGCGGGCUCGCCCUGCCCUUCGGGCUCCGGCUCCGACACCGAGAACACGCGGCCCCAGGAGAACACGUUCCCCAAGGGCGAGCCGGACCUGAAGAAGGAGAGCGAGGAGGACAAGUUCCCCGUGUGCAUCCGCGAGGCCGUCAGCCAGGUGCUCAAGGGGUACGACUGGACGCUGGUACCCAUGCCGGUGCGCGUCAACGGCUCGAGCAAGAACAAGCCGCACGUCAAGCGGCCCAUGAACGCCUUCAUGGUGUGGGCUCAGGCGGCGCGCAGGAAGCUCGCCGACCA